AUGCCAGCCCCCAUCAGACUGCGGGAGUUGAUCCGGACCAUCCGGACAGCAAGAACCCAGGCAGAAGAGCGUGAGAUGAUCCAAAAGGAAUGUGCUGCUAUCCGGUCGUCCUUCCGAGAGGAAGAUAACACAUACCGAUGCAGGAACGUGGCAAAGCUGCUGUAUAUGCACAUGCUGGGAUAUCCUGCACAUUUCGGACAGUUGGAGUGCCUCAAGCUCAUUGCCUCUCAGAAAUUCACAGACAAGCGCAUUGGGUAUUUAGGUGCCAUGUUGCUGCUGGAUGAGAGACAGGAUGUCCAUCUUCUUAUGACCAAUUGCAUCAAGAAUGACCUUAAUCACAGCACACAGUAUGUGCAGGGGCUGGCACUCUGUACUCUUGGCUGCAUGGGCUCCUCAGAAAUGUGCAGAGACCUUGCAGGAGAGGUGGAAAAGCUCCUCAAAACUUCCAACUCCUACUUGAGGAAGAAGGCAGCCCUGUGUGCUGUUCAUGUCAUCAGAAAGGUGCCUGAACUCAUGGAGAUGUUCCUGCCAGCCACCAAAAACUUGCUGAAUGAGAAGAACCAUGGUGUUCUUCACACAUCAGUUGUCCUUCUCACAGAGAUGUGUGAGAGAAGCCCAGACAUGCUUGCACACUUUAGAAAGCUUGUUCCCCAAUUAGUUCGUAUUCUGAAGAACCUUAUCAUGUCUGGAUAUUCACCAGAGCAUGAUGUGUCUGGGAUCAGUGACCCCUUUUUGCAGGUACGAAUCCUGCGGUUACUAAGAAUUUUAGGGAGAAAUGAUGAUGAUUCUAGUGAAGCAAUGAAUGAUAUACUUGCACAGGUUGCCACUAACACAGAAACAAGUAAAAAUGUGGGAAAUGCCAUUCUAUAUGAAACUGUGCUGACUAUUAUGGACAUAAAAUCUGAGAGUGGCCUGAGAGUCUUAGCCAUUAACAUCCUAGGCCGUUUCUUAUUAAACAACGACAAAAAUAUUAGAUAUGUAGCCCUGACGUCAUUGUUGAAAACGGUGCAGACAGACCAUAAUGCAGUACAGCGACACAGAAGCACCAUUGUGGACUGCCUGAAGGAUCUGGAUGUCUCCAUUAAAAGGCGUGCAAUGGAACUGAGUUUUGCUCUUGUUAAUGGGAACAAUGUCCGUGGAAUGAUGAAGGAGUUGCUGUAUUUUCUAGAUUCCUGUGAGCCAGAGUUCAAAGCAGACUGUGCAUCUGGAAUAUUUCUUGCAGCUGAAAAAUAUGCUCCUUCCAAGCGCUGGCACAUAGACACGAUUAUGAGAGUCUUAACAACGGCAGGAAGUUAUGUUCGUGACGAUGCUGUUCCCAAUCUGAUCCAGCUAAUAACCAAUAGUGUGGAGAUGCAUGCCUACACUGUGCAGAGACUCUACAAAGCCAUCCUUGGAGAUUACUCUCAGCAACCCCUGGUGCAAGUGGCCUCCUGGUGCAUAGGAGAGUAUGGAGAUCUUCUGGUGUCCGGUCAGUGUGAAGAGGAGGAACCAAUACAGGUAACAGAGGAUGAAGUUCUUGAUAUUUUAGAAAGCGUCCUGAUAUCUAAUAUGUCUGCAUCUGUGACACGAGGCUAUGCUCUCACUGCCAUCAUGAAGCUUUCCACAAGGUUCACCUGCACUGUCAAUCGCAUUAAGAAGGUAGUUUCCAUCUACGGCAGCAGCAUCGAUGUGGAGCUGCAGCAGAGAGCCGUGGAGUAUAAUGCACUUUUCAAGAAAUAUGAUCACAUGAGGCCAGCACUGCUUGAGAGAAUGCCAGUAAUGGAGAAAGUCACCACAAAUGGCCCUACUGAGAUUGUACAGACCAACGGAGAGACAGAGCCAGUGGUACUGGAAACCAAACCUCCACCCUCUGGAUUGCAGCCUGCCAGCCAGGCAAAUGAUUUAUUGGACUUAUUGGGUGGAAGUGAUAUAACACCUGUAAUCCCCACUGCACCUACAAGCAAGCCAGCCUCUGCUGGUGGGGAGCUCCUUGACCUCCUGGGAGACCUCAACCUAACAGGUUCUCCAGUAUCUGCCCCUGCACCCCAGAUAGCACAGCCUCCAUUCCUGCUCGAUGGACUCACAUCACAGCCUCUCUUCAAUGAUAUUGCUGCAGGAAUCCCCUCCAUUACUGCAUACAACAAGAACGGGCUGAAGAUUGACUUCACCUUUGAGAGGUCGAACACGAACCCCAGUGUCACUGUAAUCACAAUACAGGCCUCCAACAGCACAGAGCUGGAUAUGACAGAUUUUGUUUUCCAAGCUGCAGUACCAAAGGUAGAGCCACUUAGGGCAACUACAGUGAGAGGUAGAGGGCCAGCUGCAAACACUCCCUGGGCGGUGCUUUCAUGUAGACAGAAAUUUGCAAGACAUUCCAGCUGCAGCUCCUGUCUCCCAGCAGCAGUGUCAUCCCUGCAUUUAACUCGGGGACCAUCACACAGGUCAUUAAAGUCCUGAAUCCACAGAAGCAACAACUACGUAUGCGGAUCAAGUUGACGUAUAAUCACAAGGGCUCAGCAAUGCAGGAUCUAGCAGAAGUCAACAACUUCCCCCCUCAGUCUUGGCAGUGAGGCUCUGGCACCAUUCUUAUUCUCAUCCCACCCAAUCAAAAGAACUCUGGGAAGAAGGUUGUGAUCCUUGGCAAUCCCCCAAACUGCACCAUGGGCAUGGGGAACAGAUGAGACCUGCUGAUGAGGAGGAAUUUUCCUGAAGUGAUUGCUGACUUUGAAGCAUAUCUGUUAAGACUAAUCUCCUCUCCUCCGCUGAUGAGGCUGGUGGCUUGUGGACGCUACUGUGCACUCCCUCACACAUGCAUUCACAGCCAGAAGCAACAUUCCCUUCUCCCCUUCCCCCGCCUUCCCCUGGCCCCUCAAAAAGAAACACAGCCUGGUUGGAAGAGAAGUCUGGAAUUUCUAGCAGGGAAACUUUCUUCUCUCUGAGCAGUUGCCCCUUCUUUCUGCUGUCUUUUUUCCCUGGGAUGGGCAAGGCGUGUCAUCAUUCAUUUCUAGCUGGAUUUCUUCAGGCAUUUUCAUCUGGGACUCAGAUGGGGACUUGGGGAAUGUCAGGCUGCCUUGCCUCUUUCUUCUUGUAUCCCAUAGGUCUGAAGGGGCUGGAGGCUUCUUAUGACCUUCUCAGUGCAUUAUUGUAUACACCCACCUCUUAGUUAUGUGAUGGCAUACAAAGAGCAAGUGAGGCCUUGGGAGUUCAUCUGCAAACCUGGGACAGUGCAGGAAAAGAGGUGCUGGCAAGAGCUGGUAAAAUUGCGUUUGGUGCUGUACUUGGAAAUGAAGACCUUACACUUGAAUUUUCUUUCUUUCUAUCAGUAGCUACAGCCAUGCAGAUCCACAGAGUCUUCUGUAGCUUCCCCAGAAAGUGUAGCGAGAUAUGAGAAACGUAGGGAUCCAAGGAGCAGCUGAUUUCCUACCACAGACGGUUUCAAAGUCUUUCACCCUGUUAGUUGUGGUUUAUGGGUAGAAAAGACACAUUCAGUUUUGUAGAUCAGUCUUUGGGCAAGGGCUCUGCUCCUGCUGGGAGAGUCAUCAGAGACUAUGCUGCAAAGUUGCUCUUCCUGGUUAUUCCAGACCUUCUCCCCAAUUUAAUUUCCAGAGCCUGUUGUAGACCCCCUGGGUUCCAUUUGAGUUACUUCUGACUGGGAUAUUUGUGUUGUAUCUGUAAUAUUGGCACUGAAAUAAAGACCAUGCGGUUUAAAGAGACCUUUCCCAUUUUGUUACUUAAUUGAUCCUUGUAGUUUACUCCUUGCUCCCCUUUCAGGAGAGUAAUGUGCCAGUUCAGGUUCAGACUGAAAGUAAUUUUACUGUGUUUUGAACGGAAGCCAGUUGUUUGAGUAUUUGGAUCCAAAGAGGUGAGGUACAGUACCCCUGUGAGCUCAUGGAAAGCUGUGUUCAGGAUGUUCCUGUGGAACUGCUGGUGGUGCAGUUCAGGGCGGUCUUUCAGAGGCCAUGCGUAGGACAUAAAGCACAGUGUGACAAACUGUUCAGAUAUUCAGUGCUCUUCAGGGAGGAAGAGGGGAGGAUACAUCUUAGAUCUUCAUCUAUGAGUGUGCUGGUAAGCUGAAGGUAGGGUGUGUCUGCUGCAGUUCUGUUUUAGGGCUUUCCGGACAGUGAUCGUUGAGUGCUCUCAUGGCAAACUUAGACACAGCUUUUUGUGUCCGCAGAAGUGCUAAUACUGGGCUCCAGACCUUGCCAAAAGUGUUGCAAGAGUGGUACACAGUGUAUUUUGGAAAAAUUGAAGACCUAUUCUGCCAUUGAAUUGGGAACAGGAGGACACUAAAGGUUGUUCAGUCUGCUUUGGUUUUAACUGCAUUAAGUAAUAUAAGGUAGGACUGACUGUCACUGACAUAAGUGCCAGUCAUGUGUUAGUGGAGUAAGUUUGUCUUCUCUCAGAGGCCUUUUUUACUACCUUACUGAUUAAACAGGUUUGGGCCUUUGGAUUAGCAAAGAGCUUUAUUCUAUUAGAACUGGCAUCAGCAUGGGGUUAUAAAAUCUAGAAGAAUAAUGUAUGAUUUCCUUAAAAGUAACUUUGGGUUGUGGUAGGGUCAUGCCUUGGCUAUCAGUGGUGGGAUAGAUCCUGUGCUUCUAUCUAGAAGCAUUAUGAAACAGGCAGUCUAGCAGGAAAUGGCUGAAUUAAGGUACAUUUCUGGUGCUGAGCAUUUAACUUUGUUGCUUUCACUGCAGUUCUGGCUAUUCAUCACCCCACUAGCUCAAACUCAGUGUUGAAAACUGACCAUGUUAAGUUUGUACUUCAGUGAGCUUUGAGGGCGUCCCAGAGAGAACACUAAUGGAAAGUCUUUGCCUUGGUUCCUGAGCUCCUUAUAAGCUCUCCUGUUCUCUUCACAGAAUUGUACAUGGUCACUUGUACUGAAAGCCACACACCUUGCUCUCCCUUUGGUUUUGCUGGGAAAGAGCACUGGUGCGGGAGAUUAGAUGGGAAGGAAGAAGGAAAUGGUCUGUCACCUGGCGAGUUUGUUGCAGCAGAGUUGGGAACAGUGUAUCUUGUCCCUCUUGUCAUGCUUGUGUUCUGUCCCUAGAGCAGCUGGGUUUUGCUGUUGGUCUCUGGUAAGCUUGUAGGAUGAAUUCCUUCUGUGUUCUUGGCUCCUUCAACCACCCCUUGCACCGUGUCUGUGCUUGGGGAAAUGGGCACUUUGUCACAUGGGGGCUGGAGGAGGUGGCAUGUGUACCCGAGAUGUGUUUUGCAGGAAGCCAUCCCUUGGCUAUGAAGAACUCUUUUGUAGCAGCCAAACAUUCCGCUUGUCCUUGGAGCUCUCUCCCCUCCUCACUAAGGGAUGGGCGCUGACAUUCUGCCAGAAGGAAGGCCAGGCUUCCCACCUUCCCGUACCCGCAGUCCCAGAUAACGCUGCUUGCUCCUUGACCCCUGUGUGCUCCUCAAGCUCUGUGCUGCUGCUGAGGUUUCCCUCUGGAGAGUACUCACACGUCUGAGGCACUCCCAGACUGAGUCCUCUUCCCACCAGCUGAAUGCAACAAUUCUUACAGGCCUGGUCAACGUUUUACUUGCUUCACUGUAAGGGGAAUAUAAAGGCAGCAAGAUACAGACUUCAUGGCUAAUCUUACUAACCUACAUGGAAGACUGGAGCUGGGAGAUAUUGAAUGUCUGUUUUUUUCAAGUGAAUGUAUUUUGAGUCAAAAAAUGACAGAAACAAUAGUGGCCAUAUUGGGCCUGAAGGGGGAGGAGACAUGGGAAGGUCCUAAAGUCGACUUUAUCCAGGUUUUGAUGGGACAAAAUAUGGCCUUGAACAACUUAUUGAAGCAAUAGCAGUGAGGGGACUGCCACCUUUACAGUACCUUGGAUCUAUAACUUGGAAGAUGCUGAAACAGCUGGGAAAGGUGCCAGUGCCUUCCCUGAGGCUGGUCCCAGCUGUGAGCUGCGGCAGCAAUGAUGCUGGUGCACUUUUAUGUGUUCAUUUUCUACUUGGAGGCUGUGAGGGAAGGAGCUGCUGGACUACUUCCCUCUGAACUUUCACUCUAUUCCUGUAUAUUUCUUUUUCUUUCCUGAUGUUGUAAUUUAAAUUUUGCAUAGAGCCCCAAUUCCACCUCUUUGACAGUAUAGAGAAAAAAAUUAGCAAACAAAAAACCCCAUGAAAAUACAACCCCCCAACAAACCCAACCAAAUUUGAAGUAAGAACAUGCCAUUUGAGCAGGGAGCCUGGUGGCACUUGAAAUUCUGGAGACCUAUUUUUGAGAUGUGAAAAAUUUAAGUAAAUGCUGAGUCGUAGGUGAAUGAGGAGCUUAACGGAUGUAAACAUUUACAUGGGAUGCAUUAGACUUCUGCUGUGUGUAUUGUCUUUUGGUUGAAACAAAUUAUGAAGUGACUAAUAAAAUGAGUCAAUAUUCAAUGAUUUAAAA